CAGCGUCCCAGUCCUCCACGCACCUCUCCCCCAGUAAAUCACAGCCCAUUUCCCUGUUCGCGCUGGUUUGGGACCAGUCUUUGCACCCGACUUUGCUGGACCACCUUCUGGAGCAGCACAUGUCCGUCCUGUUACUUAACCUCGAGAUGUCCGCUCCCUGCUGGAGGCGCCCAGUGCUCUCUGUCCCCUCCCCCCGGGCCAGCUCGUUUCGUCCUUUUAGGUAAAAUCCCAAGACUGUGUGGCCUCCCCCCACCCGCCGGGCCUGAUUGCCUAAUAUGGUAAGGUAUGUCCCAGCCGGGCUGCGCCGAGAUAGGGCAGCGGCCUUCGCUGAGUUCAGGGACCGGGGAGGUGAGCUGUUACUUAUGUAGUAAAAUACUGGUUUUCACAGUUCUCCUUGUAACAGCCACGUUCUUUUUUAAGGCGAGCUUUUCUGCCUUUUAACAGCAGGGGAUUUUCUUCCUCAGCCUCUCUCUUUAGCCAGAUAAGGAGAGUGGGGUCAGCUUGUCCGGCGGGGAGGGCGGAGAAGUCUGGGGGCGGAUGUGAGGACGGUGUGGCCGGGAGCUGGCGGGCAGUGCCCCCCCAGAAAGGCAGGCCGUCCGCGCUUGCAGACGAUGGUGGCAGGCAGGGACAGACAAGGGACCGAGACGUGGCAGCUGCCCACAUGUCAGGAGCCACCGCCCACCCAGGGCCACUGAAGGCUCUGGCGGGUGACCGCACGUUCUGCGUUGCGUGUGGUUUUUCCUGCAGGGUCUUGGGGGCUGCGCCUCUCUGUGCCCCUCCCCCCUGCGACAGGCCAUCCCGGAGCAGAGGCCGCUCACUCCUUCCUUCUAAGGACUGGACUAACUUUAGGCCGCGCUGUUGCCAAGGAAACCUCAGUCCCCACCGCUCACGUCCGCUCCUGUGAGACUGCGGUCUUAGACCCGCUGCCCGUCCAUCAGUGCCUCUGCCGCGGUCAGGAACCUCUCUUAGGAGGGCGGGGUGGACUUCCGCCCUACCCGCGUGGGCUUUGCUCCACCUGGUAGCCAGGUCAGCCCUGUCGCCACCAGCCUUCAGUUUCUCCCUCCGCCCCCCGCUGCCUGCAGGGUGUGUGUCGUGUUAGUGACCCGUGCGCCUUCUCGUGCUGACAGCCAGGGAUGCGCCCAGCGAAACCCACACCUCGCUGCCUAGUGCUUUCCUUCUGCUUCUUCGUGUUUUAUUGUUGAUUUCCUGUGACCCUAGCUAAGUUUUAUUUCUUUGAAUUUCAUUUCAGGACAGUAUAGGUUGGGAGGGGACUUAGAAAAUGUUUGUUUCUGCUACGAAGAAUGAGAAAAAAUUGUUCAAAGUCUACCACUCAGAAGAAAUUACUGUUUAGCAUUCUGGUGAAUUUCCUGCUGGUAUUUUCCCUAAGUUGUUGUUUUUUUUCGAAACAUGUUUAAGACCAACUAAUGACAGUGUUGAGGAAGGAACUGUUUUCAAGCUGAGUGUGCCUGGGACCCCGUCAUCACCGUCUCAGAAGGUCGUCUUCAAAGACUGGGCUCGGUUUGACCCUGUGAUCAGAGCAGUCGUGUGAUGGCCGUGCCCGGGGCCUCCAGGGGUGGCCGCUCCCUUCCGGCUGCCGGCUCCGGGCUGCCUGGGCCACGGAGGUGGCCACGUCUUCUGCUGCUGGCAGGGCAGGGGAGCGCGGCCGUGGCACAGGCUCAGCUGGUGCUGGGCUCGGCCCCGGCCCCACGAUCGAGGGGCCAGUGUGGGAUUCGCAGCCCCCUCGGCAGACGGGCUGUCCGCCAUCCGCCCGGCACAGGUGUGAGCACCAGGCCCUGGCGGGCGCUGCCGUCACAGCGGUGUUUUCGUGGGACCCGGGAGGUGGGGCGUCUGCGUGGGAAUGCGGAGGUGGCGGUCACAGGCUCCGUGCCAUCUUGGUCGCAGUCACACACGUUCCAGACCGGACAGCGACCACUUGGUGACAUGAGUCCCUUUCACAGAGAAAUUACAGCUUCACAUUCAAUGCGACCCUUGGAGGCUGACGCGUUCACACGGACGUGCCCAGCACAGUGGAGCUGUCAAACGUGCCGCCCUCGCGUUCGUGCGGGAAGCUCCGCUCUCUGACAGCUGUACCCUAGACCUUAAGCUCCGCCACAUGCUGACUGCCGAAGGGAAGGGGGGCGUCGACAGCCCACCAGCUCUGCGUGAGGUGUGGAGGCUCCGGCUCUGCUUACAUUUCUGGUGAUUCAGGAUUCUUAGGAAGACAACGUCUGAACAUCACCCACCAAAUACAGCACGUCACGGUGGCGCGCUGAGGCACUGGGUUCUUUUGAAAGGGAAACGCCACAUGGGGGGUCACGGGGCUGUUUACAGUGACAGUGCCAAGGUUCUGCCUUCUCCAGCGUCUGGUGCAGCUCCUUGUGGCCAUCGGGAAGGGCUGCCUGUCCGAAGCCACAGGAGGGCGAGUGUUCGUACCUGUCUCUCUGCGGUGUGUGCUGGGGUCUCGAGCACAAAGCACCAGACUGUCGAGGUCACAGAAAAUUAUUUCUGGAAAGUUCCUUAGACAUUAUUCUAGCCCAGCUCCCUUACUUUACAGUUGAAAAAACCUGCGUCGAAACGGGGGGCCUGGCUGAACCCAGGCUGAACAGUGGCUGCGGGGCGAGGCGUGCGGGGUGCUGGCUGUCGUCCAGUGGCAGGAGCCUCAUGGUUCCGGCCCCAGCGUGCUCCCCGGCGUGGGCACCCCCGCCCCUUUGCCCAGUUGGACCCCGUUUACGGGCAUCACUGGUAACGCAGGUCCACAGCACAGCCCGUUGCCCACGUCGGAGAGGGGCAGGCCGGGGUUCCUGAGAGCCCAGAGGGAGCUGUCGCUGCGGGGCAGACCCACCGGCUCAGGCAGCACGUGGCCAGAGUGCUGGGGGCGGUAGUGGUGACAGCAGAGGGCGAGGGCCACGCUGGCGAGGCUCCCAGGCCACACCCAAAGCCCCUCAGCACCAAGCGGUGGGUCCCUUUUCUCAACUCUGAACUGCCCCGCGGGGACGUGGUCCUGCGGCCGCCGUCCCCAUGCACUGUUCCCUCUUCGUUCCGGACCCCUCUCCCGCCCAUGCCCGUCUGGCCUCCUGGUGGUGGUGUUUCGGGGUGCGGGCCUCUGACGCACGCAGCACCCCCUCUGCGGGGACCCAAGCUUCAGCCUGCUGGUCCUCGCCAUGCAGUAGUGGUGACGCAGCACGGGGGCCUGGAGGGGCUGCGUGACUUAGACGCUGGCAGCUGCAAAGGCCCCGUCCUCACGGCUGGGGACGUCCCCAGAGGGCCCCGCGCUGGGGCCGCCGCCUGCUUCGCCGCGGCUUCUGCCCAGGGCCUCCGUGCCCAGGAGCCGGCCGCGGCUUUUCCUCCUGUAAGUGGCCUGCAAGUGGCAGCCCGACUCGUGAGCUGAAAGUGAGUCUCUGCCCUUGGCCGCGCUCCAGCAUUCCGCGGAGCGAAUCGGGUUUGGAAUGUCAGCGGGAGGGAGGGGAAGACGUGCGUGGGCCCUGGCUCGGGCGGCCUCUGCGGGGGAGGCUGGGCAGACCGGCGGCCUCGGCCGCGUCCUCUCCCAGACCUCGCUCCUCGCCCGUGUGUUCCUGUUUCUGCGUUGCUCAGCCGGACUUGUCACGGCCGCUGCGAAGCCGUCCAGCUCCGCGAACUCGGCGUGGUUCCCGGGGACCAACGUCUCUUCCCCCCAUAAGGACCCCCUUCCCAGCUCGUCUGCGCAGCAGCCCCGACCACCCUCCCUGGACUCAGGCCUCGGCGGGGCACAAGCCUCAACAGAAGUGUCCUUAGGGAGAGGCGAGGACCCCCUGCAGGCACGCGGGGUGGCAGCUGGCUGCGGACCGGCCCCAAGCCCAGACUGAGCCCGCCGCUGUUGCUGCCGGGGCGCUGCGGGAGGGCGGCCAGGAGGCCCGAGCUGCAGAGGCCCAACGGGGUCCUCCGCGGAGGCACCAUGUCCUCCCUGUACACCCGGAGCAAGGAGUUCCCACGGAGCCGGAGGGCCCAGCCCGAGUCCCCGCCAGCAUCUCCCUCCCCAACCGCCAAGGCGCUCCGGCACGAAAGACUCUCUAGGCUGGAAUCCGCAGCCAGUAACCCUGCGACCAGUGACCCCUAUGCGGACCGGGCCUCAGCGAGAGCCCGCCGGGAGGCCCGGGAGGCCCGCCUCGCCUCCCUGACCAGCCGCGUGGAGGAAGGCAGCAGCCGGGACUACAGAAAACUCUACGAGAGCGCCCUGACCGAAAAUCAGAAGCUGAAGGCCCAGCUGCAGGAGGCCCAGCUGGAGCUGGCGGAUGUGCAGUCCAGGCUGGAGAAGGUGGCCCAGAGACAAGAGAAGACGUCUGACAGGUCCUCGAUGCUGGAGGUGGAGAAACGGGAGAAACGCGCCCUGGAACGGAAGAUGUCGGAGAUGGAGGAGGAGAUGAAGGUAUUAACAGAACUGAAAUCGGAUAACCAGAGGCUGAAGGAUGAAAACGGUGCCCUCAUCAGAGUCAUCAGCAAACUGUCCAAGUAGCCUGGGUUCUGGACCCAGGAGGCAGGGCUGCGUUUGCUGUCCCCGCCCCUCUUCCGGCCAGAAGGGAGUGUCAGGAAGGACGCUGUCCCUGACUCUCCUGCAGCCACCCCCUCUGCACUGCGCUGUCCGUGCCCUGUUCCCCUGCGCCCCACGCCAGGUCCUAAGGCAGUUUUAACCGAAGCCCAACGGUGACCGUUCGUGCCAUGUGCCAGGGCCUUGGAGCUGCGCCAGGCUUAGCCCAGGGCCCCACGUCCUGCUGCUCAGCUGCAUGUCCACACUGGGUGGGUCCAAACACGUCAGCCCCAACCCAGACGCAGCCUUUCCACUGACCGCGUCCGCCGAUGUCGGUGAGUCUCGCGGCGCCACCGCAGGCCCGUCUCGGGUGCCACAGACGGCGGGUGCGGGGACCGACCCCACGGUGCGUGAGUGCUCACCUCUCAGGAACGAAUGCCUCUCUCCGCCUCCCACUGGGUCACCGCUGUUUUUUGUCGGCCACCGGGACACCGGUGGAGUCCCCUCCCUUCUGUUCCCUUCCCCUGGCCUCAGCUGUCCUUGACCGUCUCAGAAAGGGGUCUCUGCUGGGGCGCUCUGGACCCCACGAGCGUUGCCUGGGUGGCGGUCCCCGGCCCCCUGGGAGGCCAGGCCAUGGCAGACAUGCCAGCCCGUCCCCAGCUCCCACAGGGAAAGCCAGGACUCUGAGGACCCUGCCAGCCUCUGCCCCCGCCCCGGCCCUCGCCCUCCCUGUCCCCUUGCUCUGGUCCUGAGGAGACAGGACGUCACAAGGAGGCGUGGGGAGGCGGGUGGGUUGAUGGGAGAGGGACCCAAGAGUGGAGGCAGCCGGGAAGGGUGUGUGGGGUCAGCAGAGCCUCUGCCAGAGGGGACAGAAGGGACAGCCAUGGCUGAGAUGGUGAACAGGCCUGUCUGGCACGUGGGGUUGGGGAGGCCAGUGGGCUUUCUUGGACGCAGCAGGAGAAACCUUCCCUGUGGAGGCUUAUGGCUGAGCCACUCCAGCCCGUUGGUGGCAGUCAUGGAAUGUGAGGGCAAAGCUCGGACUUCAUUUGGUCUGGCUUUCCACUGUUGUGGCCCAGGGACCCACGGUCAGGUGCCUUUGUGGCUGUCAUUUGUCACUCAGAAGCAGGGCCUUCCCAAUGUAAGUGGAGGCUCUCGGUUGUCCAGUGCCACUGCGUGUGUGACAGCCCUUCAGGUAUGUGUGCCUGGGCCCUCCCCUUACCUCCAGCUGACACGUCCCUGUUCCUGUAAGCCACUCACACGUGGCAUACUUUUUGUACCUGUCACACCUUGGCCUUUUUCCUCCAGACAGAAACUGCCUUUUGAAACACCAAGCCCAGACCUGGAGGGGUCGCUCCAGUGAUUCUUGCCGGUGGCCCACACUGAUACUUGAAGCGUCGGCUCCUUACCGUUCUGUCCCUUGGCUGGUUUACUCUGAGUGUGUGGGUCAUUUAAAUCCUUGUGCCAGGGUGCUGGUGACACCCAGUGCUCAGCGUGGUCCAUCCCUUA